GCAAAUAGGAAUUAGAAAACUACACAACUCAGUGACAAAAAAAAAGAAAAGAAAACUACACAACUCAAUAAUGGAAACUUUCUACUACCUGAUACUAUCUCUCUUUCUCUCUCUAACAUUAUUGUUCGGAACACGUAGGCGCAAAUUAAACCUUCCGCCGAGUCCAGCUUGGUCAUUUCCGGUUAUCGGACACCUCCACCUCCUAAAGAUGCCGCUCCAACGGAGUUUUCUAUCUCUCUCCAAAUCACUAGGCGGCGCCUCGAUAUUCUCACUCCGCCUCGGCUAUCGUCUCGUUUUUGUCGUUUCUUCUCACUCGGUCGCCGAGGAAUGUUUCACCAAGAACGACAUCGUUUUCGCCAACCGGCCGGAGUUUAUUUUCGCGAAACACAUAGGUUACAACUGUACCACCAUGGUCAAUUCGCCUUAUGGUGACAACUGGCGCAACCUCCGUCGUAUUGGCGCCAUUGAGAUCUUCUCGUCUCUUAGGCUCGAUAGCUUCUUAUCCAUCCGUCAAGACGAGAUCCGACGGCUCAUCUUCUGUUUAUCGAAAAACUCUCCGCACGAAUCUGCGAAGGUGGAGAUGGGAUCGUUGUUUAUGAGCUUGACUCUAAACAACAUCAUUAGGAUGUUGUCUGGAAAGAGAUUUUACGGCGAUGGAACGGAGGAUGACGAUGAGGCAAGAUACGUUAGACACUUGAUCGCCGAUGCUGUUUAUUCCGCAGAUGCAGGCAAUGCUGCUGACUACUUCCCGAUCCUUUGUUGGAUAACUGAUUAUGAGAAACGGGUGAAGAAGUUAGCCGGUCGGGUUGACAAGUUUUUGCAAAGUCUGGUUGAUGAAAAACGUGCAGAGAAAGAAAAGGGCAACACAGUGAUCGAUCGCUUGCUUGCUCUACAAGAAACUCAGCCUGAUUACUACACUGAUGAUAUCAUUAAAGGGAUCAUAGUCGUUAUGAUACUUGCCGGGACAGACACAUCAGCAGCAACGUUAGAUUGGGCGAUGUCGAAUUUGUUGAACCAUCCAGAUGUAUUAAAGAAGGCAAAAACCGAAAUCGACGAGCAAAUCGGUUCAGACCGGUUAAUAGAGGAACAAGACAUUGUAAAACUUCCGUAUCUCCAGAGCAUCGUGUCGGAGACUUUACGGCUUUAUCCUGUUGUACCAAUGCUUGUUCCUCACAUGGCAUCAGAAGAUUGCAUGGUGGCAGGCUACGAUGUCCCGCGUGGAACAACCUUACUGGUGAACGUAUGGGCCAUACAUAGAGACCCAAAGAUGUGGGAAGAGCCAGAGAAGUUCAAGCCAGAGAGGUUUGAGAAGGAAGGGGAGGAUAAAAAGCUGAUGCCAUUUGGGAUGGGACGACGAGCUUGUCCUGGUUUAGGGCUAGCUCUGCGGCUAGUGACGUUAGCUUUGGGAUCGUUGGUCCAAUGUUUCGAGUGGGAGAGAGCGGGAGAAGAAUAUGUGGACAUGAGCGAAGAUGAAAAGGGAAUUACGUUGCGCAGGGCUACGUUAUUGGAAGCUAUGUGUAGACCUCGUCCCAUUGUCGAUAUGAUUUUAGAUGCUUCUUCUUGUUCAUAAGUUUCAUCAUCACAUGUGCACUUUAAUAAGAGAAGAAUUAUAAUCGAUUAUUUUAUGAUUUGAA